AUGAAUACAUUGAAUGAGGAUGAAGUAGAGAUUCAACCUGCAUGUGUUAAUGAAGUAGAUGAUAAGGAUGAAGAAGUGAGUCAACCUGCCUACGUUGUAGUAGAUGAUAAGGAAGAAGAGGUGAUGAAACAUGCAUGUGUUAAUGAAAUAGAUGACAAGGAAGAAGAGGGUUGCUCUUCUCUAAAUUUGGAUAAUCCCGGGAAUUGGAAAAUUAUUGAUGAGAGAACAAGGGAUUACUUAGUUGAAAGGGGUCCAAAAAGAGUUGAUGGCAUCUUGUUUCCAAAAGAUUGUACAAAUAGGCAUUUUGAUUCUUCACAAUAUAAGCGAUUGCUACGAAAUGGGCAAACAAUUGAUAGGAGAUGGCUAGUCUAUUCAAUAUCUAUGGACAGGAUCUUUUGCUUUUGUUAUGCAAGUCAUGAGGAGCAGAUAUCGUUAAUAGUACGAUUUGUAGAUGAUUCGGCAAACUUACCUACAUUUGAAGAACAUUGGCUUGAAUUUUUGAAGGUAGAUGACACAACAGGACUUGGACUGACAACCGAGCUUCAAAAGGCUUUGAUCAAACUCGAUCUGGAUAUUGAUGACAUUAGAGGGCAAGGGUAUGAUAACGGAUCUAACAUGAGCGGGAAGUACAAAGGUGUGCAAAGAAGACUGUAUCCUUCUUUGGAGUACUCUUGCCAAGGAUGA